AUGGCCAGUACGGUGGAUAUGGCCAACGCGGCCAAGACGACCAGCACGGCGGGGCCGAACCACGCUGCGCCGGAGACCCCCUCCUCACCGGGUGGUCACGACCCGAAGACGGGCUUCGACGCUCGGGAGAAGCUCCGAAAACCUCUCAAGUUCCAUCUUGCUUUCUUUUCCAUACUGCUGAUGGUCUUGAUCGUCUCCAUCGACGCCACGGCGCUGGCGGUUGUCAUACCGAUCAUAGCAGAAGAGCUUGACGAAACGUACCUGGAGGCUUUCUGGGCGAAUGCCUCGUUUCUGCUGGUCGUCACCGUUGUGCUGCCCGUGUACACGGGUCUCUCGGAGGUGAUCGGCCGCAAGAUACCGCUCUACGUUGCCUUCUUCCUCUUCCCGGCCGGGUCUGUCGUCUUCGCGACCGCGCAGUCUCUCCCGGUCGUGAUCCUCGCUCGCGCGCUGCAGGGGUCCGGGUGCGGAGGCAUCGACGUCCUGAACGAGAUCCUCGUGGCCGACAUCACCACCCUGCGAGAACGGGCCUUCUACAUCGGCCUCGUCUCCAUCCCGUUCGCGUUGGGGAGCGUCCUCGGCCCCGUCGUGGGCGCCCUGCUCGGCGAGUUUGCGUCCUGGCGGUGGAUCGGCUGGCUGAAUCUGCCCCUCGUCGCUCUCUGCCUUCCGCUGUCAGUCUUCUGCCUCACGUUGAAGCCGCUCGAGGGCGAUCUCCUGCCGCGGCUCGCAGGUUUCGACUGGUGCGGCCUCGCUCUGCUCGUCGUCGGCGCCGUCUCCUUGAUGCUGCCCCUGAGCUGUGCGGGCGCCAUGUACCCGGGUGAUUCGUGGAGGACGCUGCUCCCGCUCGUCGUCGGCGUCGCUGUUUUGGGCGCGUUCGCGUGGCACGAGUUGAGAGCCGCCCAGCCCAUCCUCCCCUACCGCCUCUUCCGCGCCCGCACGGCCGCCGGCGCGCUGGCUCUCAGCUUCGUGCACGGGAUGGUUUUCUACACGCUCAUCUUCCACCUGCCUCUGCUUUUCCAGUCCGUCAGGCUGGAGACGCCUCUUCGGUCGUCCGUGUCCCUCCUUCCUUUCUACACGCUUCUGAUGGCAUCCACGGGCAUCGCGGCCGUCGUGAUCGAGCGGACGCGCCGCUACGUCUGGGCGGUCAGGCUGUCGUGGCUGAUUCCGAGCCUCGGCCUCGGUCUCUGCACGCUGUGGGGGCCGCACACGAGCCUCGCCCAGACAGUCGGCUUCGAGGCCAUGGUGGCGGUCGGGCUUGGCUCCUUGUUCACCGCCCUGCCGAUCAUGACGCAGGCCAGCACGGAGCCCGACGCUCACGGCCACGCAGUGGGCAUCCUGGUUUCUUUCCGGCUGUUCGGCGCGUCCGUGGGGCUCGCCGUUUCCGUCGCCGCGUUCGGCAACCAGUUCAGCACCUCGGUCGCUAUCCUCGGCGCCCUGCCGCCCGCGCUUCGCCUUCUGUUGCAGGAUAACCAGGCCUUGGGCGCGAUACCGCGACUGACCGGGUUGGACCUCUCGCCAGCCGAGCUGGUCGAUAUCCUGGCCGCGUACGAGCAGUCGUUCCGUGCUGUGUUUUUCGUCCUGACCGGCCUGAGCUGCGUCGGGUUCCUCCUGACACUGCUCGCUUCUGAAGCGUCUAUCGAGUGGGAUGAAGCCGGCAAACAGGAGUUCAUAGUAUAG